AUGGAAAAUCUAAUGAAGGGCUUGGGCUGUUGUUUGUUUAUCUGUGUGCUUCUGUCAACAUUUUCAAUUUUGUCUUCGGCGCUUACUGAUGCGGAAGCUUCUUUCAUUGCCGGCCGCCAACUUCUAGCCCUGCAUAUGAACGAAGAUUUGCCCGAAAAUUACGAUCCCAAGGUCGAGAUCAAUGAGACCUUUGCCAAUCCAAGGCUCCGAUUCGCAUACGUUGCGCUUCAAGCCUGGAAGGUGGCUAUUUAUUCAGACCCUUUAAACACCACCGCCAAUUGGGUCGGCGCUGAUGUCUGCCACUACACUGGAGUUUACUGCGCUACUGCUCUCGACGACUCCACCGUCGAAGUCGUCGCCGGCAUUGACCUUAACCACGCCGACAUUGCUGGUUACCUGCCGGUCGAGCUCGGUCUGCUUGCUGACAUAGCCUUAUUCCACAUCAACACCAACCGAUUCUGCGGAAUCAUCCCAACGAGCUUCUCGAGGAUGACUCUGCUUCACGAGCUCGACCUUAGCAACAACCGAUUUGUUGGCUAUUUUCCUGAGGUGGUUGUGAGGAUUCCUAAUCUGAAAUUUCUUGACCUCAGGUUCAAUAAUUUCGAAGGCCCAUUGCCUCCUCAACUUUUCAACAAGACACUCGAUGCCAUUUUCCUUAACAACAACAGAUUCACCUCCAACAUUCCCGAUACUUUUGGGGAUUCGCCGGCGUCGGUGAUUGUGUUUGCCUACAACCAUUUCACGGGAUGCAUUCCGAGCUGCAUUGGAAAAAUGGCGAACACACUGAACCAGUUGGUAAUGUUGAACAAUGAUUUCGCUGGUUGUUUGCCCCCUGAAGUUGGGAUGCUUGGGAAUGUCGUGGUUUUCGAUAUUUCCGCCAACAUGUUUAGUGGGAUCUUGUCCAAGAGCUUCGAUGGCCUAAAGAAGCUCGAGAUUUUGGAUAUUUCUAACAAUUCCUUGACUGGGGUUGUGGAGGAAGGCUUGUGCAACUUGCCCAAAUUGGCUGAAUUCACCUUCUCUCACAAUUUCUUCAAUGGCGAGGCGGAGAAGUGCGUGCCGCAGAGUAGAAAGGAUGUUGUGUUCGAUGAUACUGCAAAUUGCUUGCCCGAGAGGCCCAAGCAGAAGGCGGCUGAGGCUUGUACUCCGGUGACCAGCAAGAGUGUUGAUUGCAGUAAGGCUAUGUGCGGCGGAGGAGCGCCAUCGCCGUCGUCGAUGCCGUGGCCAUGGAAGUCACACUCACCACACACACCACAAACACCAGGACGUGUUCAUCAUCCUCUUUCUCCACCUUCAUUACAUUCUCAACCACCAACGCCCUCGUCACCCCAACCACCAGUUCACUCUCACACACCAUCGGCCUCAUCACCCCAACCACCGGUUCACUCUCACACACCAUCGGCCUCGUCACCCGAAGCACCCGUCGACUCUCACACCCCGGCGGCCCAAUCACCCGAGGCAACAGUCGAAUCUCACACCCCGGCGGCCCCAUCACCCGAGGCAACAGUCGAAUCUCACACCCCGGCGGCCCCAUCACCCGGGGCAACAGUCGAAUCUGCCCCAUCACCCGGGGCAACAGUCGAAUCUGAAACCCCGGCUGCCCCAUCACCCGGGGGAUGA